AUGAUUAAUGGCAAACAAUAUGCUAUAAUUACAGCUGAUAGAUCUCAACCGGUUGACAUAGAACCACUUGUAAUCAGUAUUCGCAUUCCAGAUAUUGAUGUUUGUCAAGACAUUACUACUAAUGAUUGUAAAAUUUUAAUUCAUCAAAUGUUAAAAUGUCAACAGAUCAUUUUUAACGACCCUGGAUUUAGUUAUCAACAAUAUAAAGGAAAUAUUAAUGUACAUCAACAAAUCCUUGUUAAAUACCAAUCAAUGUGUGAAGGUACACAAAACGAUUAUAUAGUCAAUAAUUCAUUUGAUUUUAUAAACGAUUAA